UUCUGAUAUUAUCUUCUUUCUCACCAUCCGUUCUUCACCGCAUCUCUCUCUCUCUCUCUCUCUUUCUCUGAUCUCGUGGGAAUGUUCUUUCUUUUUCAGUAUUUAAGCGCCUCCAUUUAUACAUGACCUACAUCCCCUUUCAUAGCUUGAUGAUCUUCUUAAUACAAUUACUUGAUCAGGUGUCCAGCUUAUAAUUAUAUAUAUAUAAGUUCUCUCAUCAUCUGCAUAUUUUUCUCUCUGCUCGAUCGAUCAGUACGUAUAAAAUAUGGCUGAUUUGGAUCAUUCUAGUUCCAGUACUACUGAUGAUCAAACUACUUUGAACUCUGAAGGUAAUAAUAACGUUAAUAAUCGCGAGGCAAAGCUUCGAUUCUCUGAAGAUGAGGAGACACUUAUUGUAAUAAUGUUUAAUCUUGUUGGUGAGAGAUGGUCUCUAAUUGCUGGGAGAAUCCCCGGAAGAACAGCGGAGGAAAUUGAGAAAUACUGGAAUUCAAGAUACUCCACAAGCGAAUGAUCGAUCAAGUACUACUUAUGCUUAUAAAUUACAAAGAAAAA